AUGCGAUACCCAGCAGUCCAAGCUGCAUACGCCGGGUUUGGUACUCUUCAAAAAUUCACAGAUUUGCUCAACUCGUUCAACACUGCUGGCAAUGCUUGGCGAAACUGGACAGCUUCAGUGAGAAGUGCGACUUUUUACAAGAUUGGUGACAAUAUUCCCAAGCACACAUCAAGCCUCAUUCAGAGUAUGGAGGCAAACAUUCGAGGUGGCAGCAACUUCCUAAUAUCAGAUGCCCAAAAAGCUGAAUUGCCAAGUGAACCAGUGAGAUCCACCUACCUUGAACAGCUCAUGGUCGCGGUGUUGUGCGACAAAAGUCCAGGCAUGUCAGCUGUCUAUGCUGAGGCUGGCACUAGAGCUGUCGCUCUCUUUGCGAAGGUUUGUAGUCCAGCACUGAAAAGCAUGAGAAGUUGGGUGACCUCCGGAAUCUUCCUUUGA